UCCCCGUUAUCUUUGCACGAUUCUACCGACACAAACAUGGCCGGCGUGUUUCUUUGUCUGUUGCUGAGCAUUACAGCGUCACUGGCACUGAAACGACAGGCCAUAGACCAAUUAGAAGUUCCAGCAUUUGCUGCUGGUAAACUUGUGGCUCAUGUCAUCUUCCGAAACCUAAGCGAUGCAUCCGGGCUAGCAGCCAGCCGAACAUUCAAAAAUGUCCUAUACACCCACAACGACGGAGCAGGUGGCCCUAAUAUCUACGCUAUAAACGCAACAUCCGGGGCUCUGAUCGCGACAUUGAGGAUUGCUAAUGCCACGAAUCAUGACUGGGAGGACAUUGCAGUAGGUCCGUGUGGAGAUUCUAGUUGCAUUUACAUUGCCGACUCUGGUAACAGACAUUCCACAUCCGCCAACACAAUCUAUAGAGUGCUCGAGCCCGAUGUUAUGAAUAUGAACAUGGAUCAAGUUCUACCCCUCGAUUCCACCGCCCGAUACACAUGGUCAGAGGACGAAUCGCAGACGCUGAUGGUCGAUCCUCAAGGGGAGGUCUACCUGGUAGGAAAUAUAUACAGCGGACGUGGAAUGGUCUCCCAUCUCCCAAAGAGUGCGUGGGGAAGUCCUAACAUAGUCAAUAUUGAUACAACCCAGUUUCUUCCUAUUCAUACCCACCACCACGACCCAGUCUCUGGCGAUAUUUCCAUGGACGGUAGCGAACUCCUCAUCAAAACAAAAUCCAACAUCUUUUACUGGAAGAUUGAUGGCGGUGACGUGAUGAACUCGCUGACUAAGACACCCGUUGAAGUUCCCUAUCAUAAUGCAGGACUUGGUGAGGCAAUUUGUUGGAGUGCUGACGGUCAGAAUUACUACACACUACCUGAAGGUCACAACCCAGCACUUUACAUAUAUUCACGUAUCAAUGCAGGGAACCCAGGCGUAAUUGGAAAAUGAAAUUUGUCUAAAGUUGUUGACAAUUCGGUUUUGUUGUUUGAUAAAUAUGUGAUUUGCUUUUAUAUCGAUAAAUAUCAUAU